AUGUAAUGGACCCCGUGCUUGCGACGUCAUCAGUCCGCGUCGACUGUGUUGGUGGGGUUAUAGGUUUCCCCACGAAGAGAAGUAAAGAAACAGUGGUGAAUUGAGAAGAAAAAUGUCUGGAAGUUUCUAUUUCGUCAUUGUUGGUCACCAUGACAACCCAGUCUUCGAAAUGGAGUUUCUUCCUGCUGGCAAAGCAGAAUCAAAGGAUGACCAUCGGCACCUCAACCAGUUCAUAGCUCAUGCUGCUCUCGACCUGGUGGAUGAAAACAUGUGGUUGUCAAACAACAUGUACCUGAAAACGGUUGACAAGUUCAACGAGUGGUUCGUCUCUGCCUUUGUCACAGCUGGGCAUAUGAGGUUUAUCAUGCUCCAUGAUGUAAGACAGGAAGAUGGGAUAAAGAACUUUUUUACUGAUGUAUAUGACUUGUAUAUUAAAUUUGCAAUGAACCCAUUUUAUGAAGCCAACACGCCGAUCAGAUCAACAGCCUUUGACCGAAAAGUCCACUUUCUUGGCAAGAAGCACCUCCUGAGUUAAGAGAGGAUCCAGCCCUGCUGUAAAUCUGCUAUGAAUUCACAACAGUUGUUGAAUGUUUCUGAUUUAAGGUGGUUUAUACCUCUUUAUGUACCUCAUGUGGCAGCCCCAAAUGCACCUUAUGCUUUUCCUUUAAGUGGGUAUUUCAGUGAAGUUUUCCUCUGAACAUUUAUUCUAAUUAAAACAUUUUUUUUUUGAAAACCUGAAAUGUUCUAAUGUGGUAGCUGUUAACUUUUUUGUGUGUAUUUGGGGACUUUUUUUUUACCUUUUGUUGGGCAGGAUCUCAGAAAACCUUUAAAUAAAUAAGUAUAAAUUCAAUAGAAUGCAGGUUUAAAAAGUAAAUGAGAAUGAAAAAGUGUUUUAUAAAACUUUUUAAAAAGACCUGCACAAAUCUACAGGAAUUUAAAUAUGAACAGUACUUAUCAUCUGAUAUGCAUAUUAAAAGUAUUCAUUUUCAAUAUCCAAAAACUUUAUUGCAGAAAAAUUUUACUAUAGAAGUGGUUUAAAGCUUUUUUUGUCCAGUGAAGAGACUACCUAUAAACUGGAAUUUGAAACACCAAAAGAAAUCACACCUGAUGGGUUUCACUCUGAGAAGCUCUUAUUCAUCAAACCUUAAGGCCACUGAAGUCCAUAGCACCACGACUUAAGGAAUUACCUUUUUUUAGAGACUGUCAGUUAGAAAUCAAUUUUCUGCUUCACAGAAACAUUGGCAGAGCAAGAGAUGGCCAGAGUUUUUAGGCUUUUCUAGUGCAAAGCAGAGAUGAGCAAUGAUAACGAAAGUAGAUACUGUAUCUAAGGCCGAUGAUAUCAUUACAAGGCCGAGCCCUCAUGCUUUACAUCAGGGAACACAGGGGUCAGGGCUUCAAAAUCAUAUCCAGUGUUGGCCAGUGUUUUAAGGAGUCUGCCUGAUUCCCGUUAUCGCAAGACUGGUGAUGGUUUGGAGGACAAAUGGGCUAAGAAGGAGGGGAAUCAUAUUCAGAAACACAGUGCCCUUAUCAUGCUGCUAUAUGCCCAUGUUGCAAAACUUUGUCACAGCUCUGUCAUGGAGGCAGACUGUGUCAGCCAGGCAGCAAGAGUGGAUAUUAAUGAGGGGUGAAGGCACAGGAAAAGUUUUACAAUUACUUUAGACUUUGUGGUUUACAUUUCUCACAUACUUUGACUUUUUUGUGAGAACUUGUGCUUUGCAAUCAUUUUAACAUGAAGAAAAGUAAAAAUACAGAAUCCAAAGCAGUGAACAUUGUAAAUACCCACGUAAAGGAUAUAUUUUGGGAACCCAGUUAGUUGUGCCACUUUUUGACUGUUCUGAUUAGCAUCUUCAUUUUUUUUACUUUACCUGUAGGCCAAUUUACAGCACUAACAGACUCUUGUGCUAAUACACAUUGUCUUGCUUGUGUGAGGAUACCUGUAUGUGAUAAUGUACUUAGUAUGUCUUCCCUUAUGCUGUAUCAUUACAUUAUAGUACUGACCUGAUCCUCAGAAGAGGUCAACAGUGUCUUUUUUUCUUAAGGAAGCUUAAGUAUUUUAAGGUCGAUGAUUCCUUGUUGAUUUUGUUCGACCGGUCCUUCCCUGAAUCUGUUCUAACUUUUACCCUGAUUUGCUGGUUUGGCAACCUGAAUCUGAGAAGCAAGAACAAACUGGGCAGCCUUGUGAAAAUAUGUCAGAGGGUCAUUGGUGUUGAUCUUCUGGCCCUCUAUCAUUUGUGUGUUUUGUGUAAAGCAAAAUCCAUCUGCAAUGAUCCUUUACACCCCUUGUUUAACAACUUCCAGUUACUCCCAUCAGAAUGCAGAUACCGACUCCCCAACUCCAAAACCAACAGAUUCCAGUUCUCAUUCAUACAUGUAGCCAUAUCGUUAUUUAACACUUGACCUUCAAUGUAAAUAUGUAUGUAUAUUGUUGUUCCUAUCUUUUUUUUCCUUCUGUCUGAACACUAGCACUGCUGCUGUAAAACAACUUGUGCCCACCUCUCCAGGAAUAAUAAUAAUAAAGACACUCUUAUAUACUCUGAAUAUUAA